AUGAAUUUAAGUUCUAUUUUGAACGAUCAAGAUUUGAAUGAUCAAGACUUUUAUUAUUGUCAACACGACAAUCUUAAUUUUGAAAAUAUUUAUUAUAAUGAUAUCACUAAAGAUGAUCAAUGUUCUGCAAUGGAAUUAGUGCUUUCUCAAUAUUCCACAAUAGAUUUAAUGCCUUUUCAGUACACCACAAUGAAUUUAAUGCCUUUUCAAUACACAACAACGGAUUCGAUGCUUUUUCAUAAUAAUCAAUGUUAUUACUUUAAUGAAUAUAGCAAUUUAAGCGCUGAAAAUUUUUUAAACAAUAAUCAAGUCCAGGUAUUUGAUUAUAAUCAAAUUGCAUAUUCAAUGCAACAUAAUAAUGAAGAUG